AUGCCAGUCUUCAAGCGGUAUGUAUGUUAUCAUUUUACGAAUGACAGUAUUUAUAAUUUAAAUACAAAUUCCAAAAUUGCUUUAACUCCCUUCCAUAAUUUGUAUUCCUUUCCUUUCGUGGCCCUCUCCUCCCCCCCCCCCCCCCCCCAUAUGCUUGUUACCAAGCAAAAGAAUGGAAAUGUUGACAACAGUCUGAACACUGAAGAGAAUGAUGACGAAGAGUAUGGGGAGUAUUUAAGAGAAAUAUGCACCAUACCUGGCAUGGGUCACAGAGUCUUGGUAAUUCAGCCAGACAUCAAGACAGGAUCCAGAAGAUAUCUUUUCACAACCCGAGAAUUAAAACUGGAAGAAACUUGUGCACUUGUAAGAACUUUACCCAAUUGGAAAGUUGUAAAACAGAAAAUUGUACGAACUGACUUUGAGAGAACCAAGAAUGUGUUUGGGUCUGGAAACUUUGAGCUUCUACUCCGUGAAGUCAGAUCAAAAAAGACGAUUACCGCUGUCGUUAUAGGAAUCGAUCGCCUCACGGGACUGCAGAUUAACACGUUACAAGAGGCUUGGGGUCUUCCUGUGUAUGAUCGGUACAUGCUUGUGCUUCAGAUCUUUAAAGAUCAUGCUCAGUCUCCUGAAGCCAAGCUGCAGGUUGCACUUGCAGAAAUACAUUAUAUUAGAUCCAGGAUGCAGCUUAUUCUCGGAGGUUAUGAUGCGGAGAUGAUGCAUUUGAUUGGUGCAGGGAGUCAGAUGCAUCGAGAUAACAGGCGUAUGCUCCUGCAGCGCCGGGAAUCAAAGUUGAAAUGUGAACUGGAAAAGCUGCACAGCCAGCGGCAGACGGUGAGACAGACGAGAGUUCACAACAGUGUGCCAACUGUAGCGGUGGUUGGAUACACAAAUUCAGGGAAGACAACUCUCAUAGUUGUUUCUAAAUUCUUAUUCACUGGGAAGACAACUCUAUGUUGCUCUAUCUGUGUCCCUCUGUUGCUGUGUCUCUGCCUCCCCUUGUUGCCUGUCUGUUUUUUCCCCCUAGUUGUCUGUUUCUGUUUCUUUUCCUUACUUGAUGUGAUUCUGCAUAUCCGUGACGCCAGCCACCCAGACAGGAAGCUGCAGAUCCUGUCCGUACACAAAACUUUGGAGAGUUUGCUUGGUGAAGACAAGCUACAAAACAUGCUGGAGGUCUACAACAAAGUUGAUUUAAUCACCGAAGAGGAGGCAAUCGAGUUGGACCCAGGUAUUCUUCAGAUAUCAGCUGUCAAAGGUCAAGGCCUGGCUGACCUUGGGGUCAAGUUGGAAGAAAUGCUGUUAACUACAGCUGGCCAUAUGAAGAAGACAUUCAGGAUUCCAAACAGUGAAGGAAUGCUCAACUGGCUUUAUCAGGAGGCUGCUGUAGAAUCUGCAGUUCCAGAUCCUAAAGAUGGCCAAUUUUUGAUAGUCCGAGUUAUCAUUUCUAAACCUGCCUACGGAAAGUUCCAGGCCAGAUUUUCUCGCAGAUCUUCCAGCUCCUGA